AUGCCCCCAAAGCGAUCGGGAAAGGGAACCAACGAGAGCACCAGGCCCAAGAAACUGAGCAACAAGAAGCGCGAGGCAGAAAUCAAUCAGGCUCUAUUCGACGUUGCAUCGACCAGUCUCGAGGCAAACUUUCAUGAUCCCCUCAAAUGGCGGGCUACGGACUGCAGAGAUUUGUUGGCUACAGUCGAGCGUCGGAUGAGCUCGGAGGAACACCUCAACGGACUGUGGGAUGAGCUACUGCCGGUCAUGGAGAAGGUUGCCGACGUGUUCGACCGCGGCGGAGACCACCCAGAGGACAGCAGACCUUGGAAGCUCGCGGAGAUGGUCGGCAGUCGCUGGGUCAAGCUCAUGUGGACCUGGCAAAAAGCAUGUUCCCUGGGGGAGAAUUACGAGGCGAAGAGACAGGAUCGGCGUGCCGCGGCCGACGUGCAACGCCGUUUCCUGAUGGCAUUGACGAGAUUGUUCGACAGACAUCAUGAAAGCGCGGGCCUCGAAACUCCGCGACUCUUCCUUUGUGACCAGGCCGGCGGGAUACGCUGCAAGAAACAGGCGAACCGCGGUGAGGACGUCGAAAAUGAGGACGACACAACCGAGACGGCGUCUGCCUGCAGCUCGAGAGCCGAAGAAGGCGACCUCGAGGCAGUGGAAAUGAAAGCGCAGGAGAAGAUGGCUUCGGAACCCCAACUUGAUGGCUUUGUGAGUGUCGUGGCCAGCGAGGAUAACUCUCAGUCCACUGGGGAGGGGUGGGAUGUGCAGGGACAGGCGGCUGAAGGACUCGGCGAGGGGGCGGAAGAGCAGGAGGACGACGAAGACGAAGACGAAGGAGACGACGAAAACUGGCCGCGGAUUCUCGCAAGCCGUCCCAAGCAAUAA